CUCUCUUCCCUCUGCCAUUUCUUACCUCACCCCUAACUUCACUCCUGGACCAGAAGUCUUCUCUCUCUCUCUCUCUCCUCUCCAUUCGCAUUUUUUAUUUUUUCCCUAUCUGAAACAUAUUCAAACCCAGUUGGAAUACACAUGUAAAUAGAUAUAAACGGCAAAUACAAUAUUGUUGUUUAUAUCCCUGAAUAUAGAUGUUGGUGAUAGGUUGACCUUGGGUUCCUAAGUCUGUGCAACCCAGAUGAGAGAUCAGAAUAGAAGUAACAAUGACACAAUGUUAGUCGAGCCUUUGAAUCGUGGUCUCUUACAGCAUGGCCCGAAGACCUUUCUGCAUUACCACCAGACGAUCUCCUCGGAGAUAUUAUUUUAUUCUAGUCUUUAUACUCGUCCCGAUUUGUGUCAUUGGCAUCUUAAACCAUGUCCAGAAGAUCUCGUACUUUUUCCGUCCUCUAUGGGACAGCCCACCGCCUCCAUUUGAGCACCUACCUCACUACUAUGCAGAAAAUGUUUCGAUGGAACACCUUUGUCGCCUACAUGGCUGGACUGCUCGAACUGAGCCCCGGCGGGUAUUUGAUGCCGUCAUAUUCAGCAACGAGCUGGACCUGCUCGAGAUUAGGUGGCAAGAACUGCACCCAUAUGUGACUAAAUUUGUGAUAUUAGAAGCGAACACGACGUUUACUGGCCUUCCAAAGUCUCUAAUUUUUGCUCAGAAUCAGAACCGGUUUUCCUUUGCUGCAGAAAAGAUUGUCCACAGUGUAUUCCCGGGGCGCGUUGCAUCCCACAGGUCACACGAGGAUCCGUUUAAGCUCGAGGCAGAGCAGCGUGUGGCAAUGAACCAGUUGCUUCGACGGGCAGGUAUAUCCAAUGGUGACCUUCUUAUUAUGUCAGAUACUGAUGAAAUCCCGAGCCACCAUACCAUAAAACUGCUGCAGUGGUGUGACGGGGUGCCCCCCGUUCUGCAUCUCGAGCUGAGGCACUACUUAUACUCCUUUGAGUUCCCCGUGGACUAUAGCAGCUGGCGUGCCACGGUCCACAUUUACAGCCCGUGGACUCAAUAUCGACACUCUCGACAGACCGACCGCAUCCUCUCGGAUGCGGGAUGGCACUGCAGCUUCUGCUUCCGCUAUCUGAAAGAUUUCGUGUUCAAGAUGACCGCAUAUAGUCACGCAGACCGAGUAAGGCAUCGGGAGUUUCUUGACCAUACUAGGAUCCAAAACCUCAUCUGUCAAGGGGCUGAUCUUUUCGACAUGUUGCCCGAGGAGUAUACCUUCAAAGAAUUGAUCAAGAAGAUGGGAUCCGUUCCCCCUUCAGCAUCUGCAGUUCACCUCCCCGCUUAUUUGAUCGAAAAUGCUGAAAUUUUCAGAUUCCUCCUCCCGGGAGGUUGUAUGCGCCCGCCCGCAUGAUUUCUGUUGUUUCGUCCUCCGGUUUUAAGGUAAACACCAUUUUGAUGCUCUCUGUAACAGUUGCAUUGUUCUUAGGAAAAACAUUUUAGGUUGUUUCCAACUUAGAAUCCUCAUUUAACUUUUUUUGUUUUCACUUAUAUAUUGAGCAUCCUGUACAAUCUCAGGAGAAGUAUAUAGGCAACUAGGAGUAAUUGUUGUGUUGUUCAAUACUUCAAUGUACUGCACUUCAGGAUAUAUUAUAACUUUAAAGAUGCUGUAACUUCAGCUUCAAAUUCAA